ACUAAACCCCUGUUUGAAUCUCCUGUUUCAAUAUUGAACUCAGAAACAAAACCAUGGCCGCUCAUCACAGUAGUGAUCCCAGAAUGGUGAUAUAUAUACUAUUUAUAUAUCAUCUCUCUCUUCUUUCUCUCUCUAACUGCGAUUCCAUCCACGACCUUCUCAGAAGCAAAGGCUUGCCUGCAGGACUCUUCCCAAACAACGUGAAGUCAUACGAUCUUGACCAAGAUGGUCACCUCCAAGUCUACUUGGACCAGCCCUGUAUGGCCAAAUUCGAGACCAGAGUGUUCUUUGACAGUGUGGUCAGAGCCAAUCUGAGUUAUGGUGGACUCAUUGGUGUUGAGGGUCUCUCUCAGGAAGAGCUGUUUCUGUGGUUACCAGUGAAGGACAUCAUAGUCUACGAUCCGUCUUCAGGUCUCAUAUUGUUUGACAUCGGUCUUGCCCAUAAACAGCUCUCUCUUUCUCUCUUUGAAGACCCUCCCGUUUGUCAUCCUCAAGGCGAAUUAUUGGAGAAGGAAGGAAGGAAGGAGUUGGGAUUUGAAGUUGAGAGAUAAAAGUUAAAUCCUUUUUUCUAAUAAUAUGACGUGUAAUCAUUUUAAUUUGCGUUUGCUUUUAUUCUUUUCUUUCUUGUUGAAAAGAAAAUGUGGAAUGAGGUUGAUAGAUGCUGCUAGGAUUGUAAAAAAACAAAAUGGAACUGGCGUAAUUUUUGGAAUGGA